AUGGCUAUUAUGUUCUUUGACUGCUGGGAUAGUGGUUUACUACAGCAAUUUUGCCCACGCGUCUCCGCCAACCUGCACCACUGGAUUGACCUCAUCUUCGGCUACAAGCAGCGCGGCACGCCCGCAGUACAGGCCGCCAAUGUCUUCCAUCAUCUCUUCUACGAAGGCAAUGUCGACAUCUACGCCAUUGAUGAUCCCGUCAAGAGACGUGCUGUGGUGGGCUUCAUCAACAACUUCGGUCAGAUUCCACGACAGAUAUUUCGGAAGCCGCACCCUGCCAAGAAGGUACCCGAUGUCUCUCUGCCCAACUCACAGGUCGCCUACAGCGAUCUAAAAUACCUGGCUGGCAAUUCGAUCUCGGGUCUUUUCUUCCACAAUCUGGGAACCCUGAAGCCCUGCAUGAGCACUAUCAAAGAGCUGCGACACGCGGUCGGGCAAAUCCUCCAGUUGGAUCCAGGUCACGUGAAGGGAUCAGGGGGCGGUUCCGGCCAGCAGAACCCCGGUCAUACAGGCCUCAGUCUGGCCGGCUCCAUCCUGCCUGGCGGAAUUUUCAGUUCCUCUGCCGCCAACGGCUCAUCCGCCUCCACAGGCGCCAGC